AUGAUCCUGGCUUCCCUGUUGGUCUUCUUCACCUGCAUCUGGAUCGCACUGACGCCAGAUGCUUCUGCUGCUUUUGAAAUUAAGAAGUCCCACCAGCAGCGCUCCUCUUCAAUGAAAAGAACCCGGGAAGAUACCAGAAGGAGGAAAGAUGACAGUACCAAAGCAUGGCUCCUGCAAUACGAGCAACUUCUCCAAAUAGAGGACCAUGACUUUGCAAUGAGACCUGGAUUUGGAGGGUCUCCAGUGCCAGUAGGUAUAGAUGUCCAGGUUGAAAGCAUUGACAGCAUUUCAGAGGUUAACAUGGACUUUACAAUGACUUUUUAUCUCAGACAUUACUGGAAAGAUGAGAGGCUCUCCUUUCCUAGCACAACAAAUAAAAGCAUGACCUUUGAUCAUAGAUUGAUCAAAAAGAUUUGGGUACCUGACAUCUUUUUUGUCCAUUAAAGAUCCUUCAUUCAUGAUACAACUGUGGAGAACAUCAUGCUGCGCGUGUACCCUGAUGGAAACGUCCUCUUCGGUCUCAGGAUAACUGUUUCAGCCAUGUGCUUUAUGGGUUUCAGCAGGUUUCCUCUUGACACUCAAAACUGUUCCCUUGAACUGGAAAGCUACGCCUACAAUGAAGAGGAUCUAAUGUUGUACUGGAAACGGGGCAACAAGUCCCUAAAUACUGAUGAGCAUCAGUUCUUCAUUGAGGAGAUCAGUGCAUCCAGUGGAUUUGCUUUCUACAGCAGCGCAGGUUGGUACAAUAGGCUUUUCAUCAACUUUGUGCUAAGGAGGCAUAUCUUCUUCUUUGUGCUACAAACGUAUUUCCCAGCUAUGCUGAUGGUAAUGCUUUCGUGGGUUUCAUUUUGGAUUGACCAGAGAGCUGUUCCUGCAAGAGUUUCCCUGGGAAUCACCACGGUGCUGACCAUGUCCACCAUCAUCUCUGGCAUGAGUGCUUCCAUGACCCAAGUGUCCUACAUCAAGGCCGUGGACGUAUACCUGUGGGUCAGCUCCCUAUUUGUGUUCCUGUCAGUCAUUGAGUAUGCAGCUGUGAACUACCUCACCACUGUGGAAGAGCGAGAACAAUUCAACAAGACAGGGAAGCUUUCUGGAAUGUAUAAUAUUGAACUUCAAGCCAUGGCCUUCGAUGGUUGUUACCAUGACAACAAGACUGAAAUGGACCAGACUUCCUUUUCUCUACACUCAGAAGAGGACUCCAUACAAGAAAGAUCCACAGACAGCCCCAGCACAGACUCAUCUCAGAUAAAGAGAAGGCAGUCCUUAGGAGGGCGUGUUGGUAGAAUCAUUCUGGAGAAUAACCAUGUCAUUGACACCUAUUCAAGGAUUUUCUUUCCCAUUGUGUAUAUUAUAUUUAAUUUGUUUUACUGGGGUAUAUACAUGUGA